CGCCCGGGCGGUGACCCUGGGACGGGCGGCGCCUCAGUCCAGCCCCCAGCGCAGCCGGCGCGACCGAGCCCAGGGCUGGGGGGCGGCGCACGGUGAUAGCCUCGGCAGCUGUUUUCCCCCCGCGCCGGGCGAGCAGUUGUUGCUGCUCGUCAGGCAGUCCUCGCGGGAUGCCGUUCCAGCAGGGCUCUGCCCGGACGCGGCAGCGAACCGUCCUUCUGGUAGGCAUCGUGGUGCUGCUGGCCGCCCUCGUUCUCGCCGUCGUGCUGGCCUCUCUCCUGACUCACAGAGAGCAAGAGGACGGUCCCAAAAUGCUGAAGUGGAAGGACAGAGGUACCACUAAGAAUCUGCAGGAAGUCGUCCUGGGAAGAUGCUACAACUACGUCACCGCGCGGUACCCUGAGCUGGGAAAUAAGGAUUGCCUAAAAAUAUGGGACUCCUUAAAACAUGCCUUCAUUUACAAGAAUCCCUGUAACAUUACCUCAGAAGAUUAUCAGCCUUUAAUGGAGUUAGCGAGCCACCCCAUACCCUGUAACAAGUCACUCUUUUGGAGCAAGACAAAUGACCUCGUUCAUCGUUACACAAAAUCCAAUCAAAAUUUCCUUACCUUGGAAGACACCUUGUUGGGUUAUAUGGCUGAUAGGGUUUCAUGGUGUGGAGAUCCCUCUGCCCCAGGAAUCAACUAUGAGUCUUGUCCAAAAAGAAGUGAAUGUGAGGGCAACCCUGGAUCUGUAUUCUGGAAAAUGGCAUCCAAGAUGUUUGCAGAAGCAGCAUGUGGUGUGGUUCAAGUGAUGCUCAAUGGAUCAGUAGAAGCUGGAGCUUUUGGAAGCAGCAGCAUCUUUGGAAGCAUUGAGAUCUUUAACCUAAACCCAGAAAGAGUCUCUGCAGUACACAUUUGGCUUAUGCAUGACAUUGGUGGACCUCAAAGUGAAUCCUGCUCAGGUCAUUCCAUAAAGAGGUUAAAAAGCAUCUUGGAAGAACGAAACUUUAAGAUCACCUGCGAAGACAAUUACAGGCCAGUUCAGCUCCUUCAGUGUGUGCAGAACCCUGACCACACAGACUGCAGACUUUGCACCAGCACCAUGGCAAAUCCAUGAAAUGGGGCCCUCCGUGCUGCAGGCGACUUUGGUUAUUGCUGCGUGAAGCUGGAAAAGAUGUGGCUACAUAGCUUAGAGUGCUCAAUGGUAGUGCCCUGUGUACAGAGUCCAUAACCAGAAAUCCUUGCUGGGAUACUAACAGCCAAAUAGCAGGAGAUGAUACUCUAGGUGUGAUUACUGUAUGCACCGGCACACAGAUGUUCUGAGGAGCCAGGGCCAUGAUCAGUGACGGAGGGCAGAUGCUUUGCCCUGAUUUGCUCCCUCCUGUACAGAUCCCCUUGUGCCCAGAGGCUCAGAGAGGGGAUUGCCUCUGCACGUCCCUCUGAGCAGGGAUGUGUGCACAGAGAACACUUUCCAGUGGAGGCAGAACUUGCUAGGGUCAGCACUCAACUUCUCCCCAGACAAAAGCAGGAUAGGAAAUGACUGGAGCAUGCUACACUGUCCCUGCCUCCCAGCACAACACCCCCACAGGGAACCAUUGCCUAGUGGCACAAGGUGUAAAUCAUGUUUCUCCUAGGGACUGUGACACUUCUGAGCAUGCAAAGCAAGUGAUAUAAGAGGCAGAGUGAGUCUUACCUUUUAAUAGGCAUCACCGUAAGUGGCUCGUAAGAAAACAGCUGAGCUGAGCCAAGGAAAGACCAGAAACUAUUCAGAGGGUUGCCAGAAUCUGUGAAAUUGGGUCAAGUGUGUAGCUGGGGAGAGAAAAGCAAGACUGACUCAGACAGUCCCAUUAAAAUCCUACUGGAAUCACCACUACAGUUUGGAUUACAUUUUGUUCUUAAUAUAGGAGCACCUUUCAUACUAGGUCCCUCCAGCCACAGUGUGACAGUCCACUGCAGUAGAGACACACAUCAAAAGGUUGCCACAAUAAGGAAUCUUCUCCUGACCUUUUUCUGAGGUGAAAGGUGAUGCCUUGGCAUCUGCAAUUCAGGAGCAUGGACGUGCUGUAGCACACAGAAACAGCAGGGUUCAUUGACUCCCCCUGAUCUCUAUUUUGCUGCUCUCGUACACAGAGCCGAGGGCAGUGUUUAUAACAAACCAGAGAUCUGAGGCCAGCCUGUGGCCAUUGCUGUAGUGCCUUUGUGCAGUGCCAGUGACACUAAGAGAACAGAGCAUGCUUUGCUACAAGUAUAUUGCUAAGGCAUUACAUUGCCAGUGUAGCCAGCAGUUGCCAAUUCAUUAGGUACACCAAGGUUUCCAUGAUGCCACAGGCAGAAGGUUAUAAUGCUGUUAUAGUUUAGUGACUACCCAGAGCAAGAAGCAUCCUUAGGUAUCUACACAAGCUGGUAUAACUUUGAGCAUCUCCAGAUAAACCCUUUCUCUGUAAUACACAGGCCUGCACUCAGCAUAGCUGCGUCCCAAGACCUCACCCAUAACGUUUACAUUAGGUGAAAUGUAUUUUUAUUUGCAUUCUGUCAUGCAGAUGCUUAGAUGCAUCAACAUAGACCUCAGUACUCUCAAAAAGGUUAGUUUGGACAAUAGGCCAAGAGUUUGUCUUCACGCUCACUUUUUUAUCACUUCUGUUGUCAUAGAAAAUGAUUGUAGAAUUGAGAUCUGCAAUAAACCUGCUGAUGUCAAAUGUUGUUAAUUCAGUUUCACAUUCUUCCCAGCCUCAGACUGGACAUGAAAAUAAGCCACCUCCUAAAAGUAACUCAGAAAUUCAACAUGUGAAACUUUUCAUACAGUGACUCAGUUGCCUGGGUCACAGGGCACAUCCUGCUUGGACUAAACUCUCAAUACCUCACUUUCUUAUACAGACAAAUCACUGUCUUUGUAGGUGGCUGGAAGCGAAACAUCCUGUGUCUUUAUCUUAACACAGACACCCACAUG